GAGCAGGAGAGCAGGAGCGGGACUCGGCGGCGGCGGCGGGAGCCACCUGCGGGAGGCGCCGCUCCGCCCCGCGCCGCUCCGCCCCGCUCGGAGCGCGCCUCUGAGGGAAGGCGCCCGGCGGGAGGGGACGGGACGGGGCGGGAGGCGCCCCCCAGCCCCGCGGAGGCGGCGGGAGGGAUGGGACCGGCCCCGCCACCUGCCUGAGCGGCUCCCGGAGACGCCGCCGCCGCCGCCGCCGCGGCGGGAAGCUGCCUAGGGGAAAGCAAAUGCUACGUGAAGCAGAAACCUUCCUCUGGUAUGAGUUGCAAGGGGAAGCGAGUCUCCCAUGUGGUCAUGUUCUGCAACCCAGCUCCUGUUCAGGUUACCUUCUUUGUCCACCUGCCUGUUCCUGCCAUCAGCUUGAUGUCUCUGGCUAAGACAGCAAACAGUGUGAAGUGAUUUAAGGAUGUCUCUCAGUGGAGUCAGAGAGUAGACCGGCAUUCAGAAUGGCAGGCUUGUCCACUUUAAUCCUCCUUUUGUGUGCUGCUAAAGAUGCGAUGCCCUCCAGUUCUCACUGGAAGCCAACUUGGCCAUCUUACAGAGUUCCAGUUAUCCUGCCACAGUCUACUCUUAACUUGGACAAACCGCAGUUUGAUGCUGAAGCCAGACUGGAAGUGGUAUCUCCCUGUGGCCCAGCGUGCCACAAAAGUUCUCCGCUGCCAACUUAUGAAGAAGUGAAGAACUACCUGUCCUAUGAAACCUUGUACGCUAAUGGUAGCCUCACUGAAACUGAAGUGGGCAUAUAUAUUUUGAGCAACGGCGGUGAUGGCUCUCAAGGCAAAUCUCGAACUAAGAGGCAGAUCUAUGGCUAUGACAGCAGGUUUAGCAUUUUUGGGAAAGACUUCUUGUUGAAUUACCCAUUCUCCACAUCAGUGAAGCUAUCUACAGGUUGCACGGGGACGCUGGUGGCUGAAAAGCAUGUUCUUACUGCCGCUCAUUGUAUCCAUGAUGGCAAGAGUUAUGUCAAAGGAGCUCAGAAACUGCGGGUGGGGUUCCUAAAGCCCAAACUGAAAGAUGGCAGCAAAGGGGCCAAUAUCACCAACUCAGCAAUGCCUGAGAAAAUGAAAUUCCAGUGGAUCCGAGUGAAACGGACACAUGUCCCCAAAGGAUGGAUCAAAGGCAACGCCAAUGACAUUGGCAUGGAUUAUGACUAUGCCCUGCUGGAGCUGAAGAAGCCUCAUAAAAGAAAGUUUAUGAAGAUAGGUGUGAGCCCACCAGCAAGACACUUGCCUGGAGGGAGGAUUCACUUCUCUGGCUAUGACAAUGAUCGUCCAGGAAACCUGGUUUACCGUUUCUGUGAUGUCAAAGAUGAAACAUAUGACCUGUUGUACCAGCAGUGCGAUGCCCAGCCGGGUGCGAGUGGAUCUGGGGUGUACGUGAGGAUGUGGAAGAGGCAGAAUCACAAAUGGGAGCGUAAAAUUAUUGGAAUAUUUUCAGGCCAUCAGUGGGUGGACAUGAAUGGCACCCCUCAGGAUUUCAAUGUAGCUGUUCGCAUCACACCCCUCAAAUACGCACAGAUCUGUUACUGGAUCAAAGGCAACUACCUUGACUGCAGGGAAGGAUAAAGACAAUGAAACUCCUUGAAAGCACUUAAUGACUGGUUUUAAUUACUCAUCUGAGGAAAGGCAAGACUUCUGCUGCAAAUGUGUGUGAUACGAUCUUGUAACAUCAGGAUGUGAUCUAUAGCUUUUCAAGCAAGCCACCUGGUUCUUAGGACAGGGGCUGUGUGGUGCUGUCAUUACAGCUUGAAACUGGGGAGAAAGGAACGUCUGCUGGGUGGGGAAGGAGCAGGUGGACUUGCUGAAUUUGCAGCUGAGCAACUGAAGAUUAAUUAGGGGCGGAUCAGUAAACAGUACGAAAUCAGAACCGUCUCCAAAGAAUCUUAUAAAAGGGACGCUGUUGACUAUCUCAUGCCUACAAUGUUUGUUUUAAUAAAUCCUAGGAUUAGUAGAAAUGCUUUGAUCUGAACUUUUAAAAGAAAAUAUUUCUGUGCUGUUGGGGGCUGAAGAGGGGCAUUUAAUGGUGUUUGCAACCCAAACAUUACAGCUUUGUGUUCCUGCAUGAGAAAGGGAGUGUGAAAAGGGCAAGGCAUGCGCUGUGGGAGAUGAAUGCCACACAAAUAGCGUGAAGGGUAAAUAACCGCAUAACACUUCUAACCUUCUUUCAGCCUGAGUGAUUUGAGACUUUAUUAGUAACAUAGUUAAGAAAAAUGCUUUUUAAGCAAACAGACCUUGAUGCUGCAAAGACUUGACUGUGAAGAUGAUGUUGGUCAUAGGAGCAGUGCCAUUGCAUCCUGCUCUGGGAAACACAAAUCAUACAUGGGCUUAAAUCUUUACAGCAGCUGGGGCAUAGUCUUACACCUAGCAGGAUCCCUAUGAAUAUACUAUCAUAGAAAGCAUAUGGGGACAGAGGCUUGUUUUCUGUUAUGACCUACUUACAUCUUUUAAGGAAAAUCUCACGUCAGCAACUCAGAUUUUUAGAGGGGAAGCCUGUCUUUGGUCUUGCUGGCCAUCUGAAUUGCUGCCUGCAAAGCAGGUAAAAGGGAAAGCAGGACAAGGGUGCUGCUGAGUUUUCACUCUUUUUGUUGUAGAUCCAUGCUGUUCUACCUAAAAAUACACCAGGUAGAGGGAUCCUAGAGUUAUAAGCGUGUCUCUAUCAUAUCCCUUUGACAGUGUAAUUUGUACGGCAUCUUGACUUCUGUUUCUUGUGUUGUUUGCGGCAGGGAUCCCGCCCUCCUGUCAAACUGUUGAGUUACAAAUAAUUCUUGGCAAAUGCAUGGUUUGGUAAUUCUACAGCUGGAAUAGAGCCACAUUAUAGGGUGUAUUCUGAGUUUGCUAUGAAGUGAUGUUCUGCUGUCUCUUGCAGAUAGCAGUGACUUACAUUUUUACUGUAACAGAAUUGGACUUCAAAGCAAGAACUGUCUUUUAUAGGUAAAAUCAGUGCAGCUAAAUACUUGUAGCUUGGCAGACAGCACUGGGAAGUCAAUGUGGUCUGUACAAUGUUUCUCAGGUGGGUUGUGCCACCGUAUUGCAGUAACAUGGUUAAGUACAUGCUGCCAUGCCAAUACUAUUUUUUUAAACAGGAGGAUAGACACUGGCUCCAGUUCCAGUUUCUCUUCCACCCAUCCAUCUCUCACUGUCUCCUGAAGCUUACCAAGCUGCCCAUGGCGCUUAGUGUUGUGGGGCAAAUGCAAGUCCCUGGUGUGAAAUGGGAAGGAAUGAAUCUAAGCAGAGCUUCCCUGUGCUAUACAAAUACAAAGAAAAUGUUAAUUCAGCUAAGCCUUUCUUACACUCUACUAAUUACUAUGGCAUUUGUAAACAUAUGCCUGAUGGUGCUUUAUCUUUGUGAUAGCUUUGGCUCUAGUUCUGAAAAACAUUUUUUGCUAGAGCUGCCUAUGAUUAUUAUUUUUAUAGGUGUAGCAUACAAAAACAUGGACCCUCAUGUGGGCUUUUGGUGCACUCAGAUACAAGCAGUUAUUAAUGCUUUGAAAUAUGAAUAAUCACCAUAUGUAUCUGAUGGUCUUUUUCUGCCUUUUUAUUUUAAUUUCCUUUACUCUAUGGCUGUUAUCUGGAGCACUUUUGUUUGAAUGUAUCACAGUGAAUAAAGAAAAGUUAUGGAAUUUCAA